AAUUUGAGAUUAAUGAGGAGAAUUUUUCUAUUUACAAGGACGGGAUCAGAUAAUGGCCAUCCGCCCUUCGCGGCCGGAUUCAGGUAAAUGUUGACCGUUGAUUUUUUCCAAAUGCAGAUUUACCAAAUGCUGACCGUUGGCUUUAUUUAUAUAAUUUAUAUCAUAUUUAUCUGAAAAAUAAAACAAAAUUUAUAUUUUUAUAAAUUAUAAUAUAAAUAUAUAUAAAGAGACGAGAAAUAAUAAAAUAAGAUAAAGUUUCUAUUUAAUUUUAAUAAGUCAGGUCCAAAAAUAAUAACAUUAUUAUUAAUAAAAAGUCCAACUGCAAAAAAAUAACUUUCGCUGCCCACCAUUGGUAACCUGUGAGGUCAGAUGGCAAAUAUAUCAAAUUCCCGCAAGAAAAGCAACGGUCCAAUUUAUUUCUAUUUGUAGCUUCCCCUUCCCUCUCUUCUUAAACCCGGCACCGAAGAGAGAGAUCCCCGUUCCGAAUAGCUUCUUGCCGCGCCCCCUCCUCUCUCUCUCUCUCUCUCUGUGUUGGCCUUAAUUUCCUUGUUCGAUGAUCGAUCGUCCUCAAUGGUUCAAAGGAAAUAAUUGGAUUAGCAAGAGCGAGAGAGAGAGAUUAGAAGAAAAAUCCUUCUUUUUGAUCAGAAAUCGUAAAGAAAAGAAGGGAGAAAUCAGAAGGCGAGGCCUUCGUAUGAAUGACUACCGGACCGUGGAACAGAGCUCCGACCAUGGCUCUUAUUGCCGCCGGAUGCCACCACCUUCCAGGCGGAGGCAGCGGCAGCGGCAGCGGUUUCAAACGCUAUCACUUUUGUUCCUUCGAUCACCCUGACCUUCUCUCCUUCCCUCCCGCUUCCCUGUUCCAACGCAGCCGCUCCACUCCAUGUUUACUCUCCUCUGCUUCCACCGACGACGACGUCGCAAGUGUGGUGAUCAUCGGCGGUCGCAGCGCCCCUGGCAUCCGCGCCCUCGUCGCCGAGGCUGCCGCUACCAUGACCUUUGGUGCCUGCCCUGUCCCCACGGAGACUGGCCUAGGCAGCGCCUACUUCCUCGACGACCAGGCCGGCGACUGCGUUGCCGUUGUGAAACCCGUCGUCAUCGACGACGACAACGAACAGAUGGCCUUCCCCAGCUCCUGCAUUCGUGCCUGCGAGACCGGCGCCCGUGAGGCCGCCGCCUACCUGCUCGACCACGGCGCCUUCGCCGGAGUCCCCCCCACUGCCCUCAUCCGAAUCUCCCACCAUUCUUUCCCUCCGGCGCAAAGCGUCGCCUCCAUCCAACGCUUUGUUCCUCAUGACUGUGACGCUGGCGACGUCGGCCCAUCGAGGUUCUCAGUCUCCUCCGUCCAUCGGAUAGCCAUUCUUGAUAUCAGGCUGCUCAAUACCGACCGCCACGCCGGUAACAUUUUAGUAAAAAAACAUAGAAUUGAUAAUAACCGAAGCUUUGAAGGCGGAGAUCUCACCACAGAGCUCGUGCCCAUCGACCACGGUCUCUGCUUGCCGGAGCUGCUCGACGACCCUUAUUUCGAGUGGCUCCAUUGGCCGCAGGCCGCCGUGCCAUUCUCGGACGAGGUCAUAGAAUAUGUUUCAAAGCUCGAUCCUUUCAAAGAUGCCGAGCUCCUCCGCACGGAACUGCCUUCGAUUCGAGAACCAGCGAUCAGAAUCCUCAUACUUUGCACUAUAUUCCUAAAGAAAGCGGUGGAUUACGGCCUCUGCCUCUCGGAAAUUGGCAGAAUGAUGACGCGAGAGUCCUGCAGGCUCGAGGCAGGAGAAAGUGUGCUCGAGACUCUCUGCAAGAAAACUGAGGAAACCAUCGAGGCCGGAAGCCAACUUUCAGACAAUGACGAAGGUGAAUUUGGAGAAGGUGAUGAGAGGAAGGAAUAUCAGUUCUCCAUGGACUGCGGUGAUGAGGACAAGCUACUUAUUCCCCUCCUCCUGAGCAAGAAGUCUUUGGACCCUUUCCAGGAAGAAGAAGUAGAAGAAGAAGAAGAAGAAGAAGAAGAAGAGCGUGGAAAAGGAAUGAUGAUGAAGAGUCUGAGCUUCUCGGAUGGCGAAAGAGUGCAAAGAAGCAAGAUGAUAUCUUUCAAGAGUAAAAGCGAAGAACAAUGGAAGUUAUUCUUGGAAAGAUUUGAGAAGCUUUUACCUGAAGCUUUUGAUCAGGAAAGGAAGAGGAUGAAGACGAAGCUUAGGCUUGUCUCUUCCUGCUGAGUUAAUUUAAGAGAUGCAAAGAGGUAGAAGAUGAGGGUAUAAUAGUAAAUUAGGUAAUGCAAGCAAGACAAAGUUGGUGCUCCCCUCAUGCAUGGGAGAAAUAAUUACAUGCUUAGUAGAUGUAUAUAGAUGAAUAUUAUAUCUAUAUAGAUCUAUAAUUGUGGAGGAGACCAUACAUAUAUGCACAUAUAAUUUACAUACAUCAAAUGAUUUCUACAUGAUGCAUACAAACAUCAUGUGUACACACCUUCACUAUGUGAUGUAUGUAUAGUAUGUGUACAAUAUAUGCUCCCUAUACAUAUUCAUAUGCAUCUUUUAUAUAUUUAAUAUAUAUUUAUACACAUUUAUUAUACAUUUAUAAUAAAUGUAAUAUUUUUUUUCUAAUUAGUGAGGGUGUGCUAUUUUAUUUAGAGAGUUUUUUCUCCUCUUUUCACCUUGAAUUUUCAAUGAGGUGAUGUAAAAAUUGAUAAGUGGAUUAAGUGAAGUACUUCAUGGAUUGUAAAUCAUUAAUCAAUAAAAUUUGAUGAUAUUAUGUUUAA